CUUUCAAGUAUACUAAAAGUGCAAGCAAAAAGAAGAGGGAGAAAUGGGUUGCGGUAUCUCAUGUCAGUCAUCUCCUAAAUUCAACAAUCAUAUUAUUCGUGUGGUUCACUUGAAUGGCGACGUAGAAGCCUUUGAGCAUCCUCUUACAGUCAACCAGGUUACAGGGAAUGGCGACACCGAGAAAGAAUUCCUCUGCACUCCGGCGCAACUUCUCUCCAAUUAUUCAAAACCUCUUCAACCUGACACCAUGCUGAAACCGGGUCAUGUUUACUUUCUCCUUCCAUUCUCAAUCUUACAAGCUGAUGUUUCCCCUCUUGACUUGGCCUCCAUAGCGAAGAAGCUUACUGCAAAAGCAAGUUGUAAGAUGACCAGGUCACCAUCAUCAACAACAAGUCCCUUAUUAGGUCACUAUGAACAUGAACCUGUAUGCAACGGUAACUCCCCCCUAAGCUGUCCUAACAUGUCAACUCGAGCGCGAUCUUGGAAGCCAGUUUUAGACACCAUUAGAGAAAAAUCCUUCAGUCGGAGUAGUGAAUCGGAGUUGCAGGAAAUUCCAGAUUAAUUUAUAAAUAAGUGGAAUCCUUGCUAGAAGGGAAGUUAUUCGUAAUGUGAAUUGAAUUGAAGACUCCCGAUGAAGUAAAGUUGUUGGAUAUGAAUCAUUUUGGGUGUUAUAAUAGUCAACCUUUCACCCUCAUUCUGUACAAAUUGCAAAGAUAUUUGUUCCAAAUUUUGUGUGCUAGAAAUAUCUUCUACAAAAACAGAAAUGUUACAGGUAUGUUGUUUUCUAUGAUUCUAAAUUUACAAAAAAAAAAAAAAAAAGAAGUUGUGUUAAAUAAAUAAAUGGUCAAUGACUUA